GUGGAAUUGGAGCCUCUCCCUGUACCUGACUACACCUAGCACCAUGUGGUUACUAACUGCUCUUCAUUCACCUAUUGAUGCCUCCCAGAAAAAAACGCCGCCAAACAUCCCAGAAAGCCCAGCUGCAAUUCCACCAACAGCCACUGGAGGGCCCCAAACACUGCUCUGGAUCGCCACAGCUUCCAAUCACCCGCACUAGACAGGUGCCCAGCAAGCCCAUUGACCACAACACCAUCACUUCCUGGGUAUCACCUGAGUUUGAUACAACAGCAAAAAGCUGGUUCCCAGCCAAUAGGAAACCGAAAUGUCAUUACCGGGACCAAGCAAGACAUUCAAGUCGAAAAUCUACCACCUCCAAGUUUCCACAUCUAACAUUUGAGAGUCCACAGUCUUCUUCCAGUUCAGCCAUAUUUGGAAGCCCCUUAACCCAGGAGUGCCCCAAUCAUUCAGAAAAGGACAUUUCCCGAAGGCCCUUAGUUCCAAUGCUCAGUCCCCAAAGCUGUGGGGAACUGUCAGCACAUGCACUUGAAAACUUACCUUACAUGUUAAUUGCACCUGAUAUCCAGACCCCAGAGUCAUCUUCUGUGAAGCAGAUGCUCAUUCCCCCCGAUCAGAGGGAAAACAGCCUGCCAAGCUGCUCCCUUCACACGAGUACUCCUGAGAGCCCAGAGCCUGGGCCUGUUCUGGUCAAAGACACUCCUGAGGAGAAGUAUGGGGUGAAGGUCACAUGGAGGAGACGACGGCACCUGUUUACCUACCUCAGGGAGAGAGGGAAGCUGAGCAAAAGCCAGUUCCUCGUGAAAAACUGACUGGAUUUCUCAGCCAUCAGUAAUCUCAAGAAAUUGAUUGCUGGUGUUCAUAGGGUUGCUAAAGUUACUUUUCUGGCUCACAGAAGAGUUCAUCAAUAGAAUAAAAUGGAAAGAAUACCGAUAACCUCAAUAGAAAAAAGAGAUUUUUAACCAGAACCUUGGAGUCACAAGGGAAGUCAGUUCCCAGAUUUGCUUUUUAAAACAUCUUACCAUAAGCGGUUUUUAGUGUCAUAAACAGUUCACUUUAUAUUUUUCUUGUAGUAACUGUUUAAAAUGUGUGUAAAUAAAUGGUUGUAUUAAGUUUUUAGAGAACCCUGCUUCUGACUGCCAAUAAUGCAGCAACACUGCCCCCUCCACUAAAGGUCUUUCCUAAUUGUUUGCUUUAACCACUACUCAAUCCUUUAAUCACCUCAUUCAAACUAAUUCAUUCCACAUUUUUGAGUACCAUCUCUGUUGGGUUCAGUGGCAGCUUCCUUUAUGACCCGAUGAAUGGGAAAAAAUCAAAGCAAACUCUGUGACUUUAUAGUUGACCUGCUGCCUGGGCAACCUUGGCCCUUCUGCUG